AUGGCCUCCCUAUUGACAGCCGCAAGUGCAACGACGGCGGACACUGGCAGCAAGCAGCAAUCCCAGUCACCGCAAUCGCUGUCAUCGAGUUCGCCGAGAAAUGUAGCCUCACCGGGUGCCAACGUGGGACAGUCACCAUCCGCCACGGGCAUUACGACGGCGACGACGGUGGCGAUGAACAACCCGACCGCCGUCAAGCUGGGCAUUAUGGAUGUCCCGAAGGCGCUUCAGGAUGGCGAAAAGUUCAUCAAAUGGGAUGAGGACUCAUGCAACGGUACACCGGUGACGCUGCGGGUCGAUGUCAAGGGCUUCUUUCUGUACUGGGUGGAUCAAAACCACGAGAUGGACAUGCUGGACAUUGCCACCAUUCGCGACGUUCGAACCGGACAGUACGCCAAGAAGCCAAGGGAUAUUAAACUGCGUCAAAUAGUGACCAUGGGUUCGCAGGAUACGCUCGAAGAGAAAACCGUCACCGUAUGUCACGGGGCCGACUUUGUGAACGUCAACUUUAUCAACUUUUGCUGUACGCGUAAGGAAAUCGCACGGCUAUGGUGCGACGAGCUGAUCCGGAUGGCGUACAACUUGACCCAGCUGAACGGUCCCGCGAUCAUGUUUCUCCAGAAGGCAUACACCAAACUUUGCCUACAAGUUGACAAGACUGGCAAGAUCCCGGUAAAGAACAUCAUCAAAACGUUCGCCACGAACAAGGACGAUCGGAGGCGCGUCGAGAAGGCACUGGACGUGUCGGGGUUGCCAUCCGGGAAAGGCGAUACCCUCGCACUGACCAAGUUCCAGUUUGAGGACUUUUUUAAUCUGUACAAAAACCUUUCCCAAAGAACUGAGGUGGAGAAAGUGUAUGAUGAGCUAGUCGGAACGUCGAAACGACGGCUAAUGUCAACGUCACAACUAGUCGAUUUCUUGAACAAAACCCAGCGUGAUCCAAGGCUGAACGAGAUCCUGCACCCGUACGCCAACACGGCCCGGGCCCGUGAUCUCAUCCAAGAGUACGAACCGAACAAGUUUAACGCCCAAAAAGGACAGCUAAGCUUCGACGGUUUCCUUAGGUAUCUGAUGUCGGAAGAUAAUCCCAUCAUGGCGGCCAGUAAGCUGGAUCUAUCCGAUGAUAUGGAUCAACCGAUGGCGCACUACUUCAUCAAUUCGUCCCACAACACCUACCUAACCGGGCACCAGCUAACUGGCAAAAGUUCGGUCGAAAUCUAUCGCCAAAGUUUGCUGGCCGGGUGUCGGUGUGUGGAGCUCGAUUUCUGGAACGGACGCACUGAGGAGCCGGUGAUCGUGCACGGCUACACCUUCGUACCGGAGAUCUGCGCCAAGGAUGUGCUGGAAGCGAUAGCGGAAACCGCUUUCAAGACGUCCGAAUUUCCUGUGAUACUGAGCUUCGAGAAUCAUUGUAAUCCGCGGCAACAGGCCAAGAUAGCAAACUACUGUCGGGAGAUUUUCGGUGAUAUGCUACUCGACCGACCGCUCGAUUCGCACCCGCUCGAAUCGAACGUCGAACUUCCACCGCCGGCACUACUCAAGAGAAAGAUUAUAAUUAAAAACAAGAAAAAACAUCACCACCAUCACCAUCAUCACCAUAAAAAGGCCACCGUUGUGUCGAGCCCGCAGCAGCAACCCCCGACCGGUGGUACAGUUGUGAACAAUGUUAGCAAUAAUAGUACCGCAGCUAAUGCACAUGCCACAACAGUUAACAACAGCAGUGCCAACAGCGCCGCCAUCAGUACACCCACCACUGCUACCGGGGUCACGCCGGCCGUCAACAAUAACAGUACAAAUGCAGCAAAUGCAAGCUUACAGCAGUCGCAGCAAGAUGAAUCUAAUGGUAACGUUACCAGCACCAACCCGGUCCCUGUCAGCAACAACAAUGGUACAGCAGCACCACUAGCAACAGCAGCAACAACACAGCAAGCAACCGGAAACGGAGAACUACCGCACCAUGCACCACCUCUGCAGCAAAUUCGCCAAAGCUCAAAGGAAAGUACGGGCUCGUCGGAUACGGAUAGUUCGAGCGAUGACGAAUCCAUGCCGGGUGCGGUGGUCGGUCCGAUCGGUGCGAACGAAGCGGACAAGGUGCCCCAAACCAAAGAGACUGAAGCGGGCGCGGAAAUAUCCGCCCUCGUCAACUACGUACAGCCGGUGCACUUCAGUAGCUUCGAAAAUUCGGAAAAAAAGGCACGCUUCUACGAGAUGUCUUCGUUUGAUGAGAAGCAGGCAACGACGCUGCUCAAGGAGCGUCCCAUCGAGUUCGUCAACUACAACAAGCAUCAGCUAUCGCGCGUCUAUCCCGCCGGUACACGCUUCGACAGUUCCAAUUUUAUGCCUCAGCUGUUCUGGAACGCUGGAUGUCAGCUUGUGGCGUUAAACUAUCAAACACUCGAUCUAGCGAUGCAGUUGAAUCUUGGCAUCUUUGAGUACAAUCAUCGCUGUGGAUAUCUGCUAAAACCGGAAUUCAUGCGUCGCAAAGAUCGCCGAUUGGAUCCAUUCGCAGAAAGUACGGUGGACGGUAUUAUUGCGGGUACAGUAAUGGUGACGGUGAUAUCGGGUCAGUUUCUCACCGACAAAAAGGUGGGCACGUACGUGGAAGUGGACAUGUUUGGAUUGCCAGCCGAUACGGUGCGUAAAAAAUUUCGCACCAAAAUCGUACGCGACAACGGUAUCAAUCCGGUGUACGACGAGGAACCGUUCGUGUUUAAGAAGGUAGUUUUGCCCGAACUUGCCAGCAUACGAAUAGCGGCGUACGAAGAAGGUGGAAAGCUGAUUGGUCAUCGAGUGCUGCCGGUGAUAGGGCUGUGCCCUGGCUAUCGACAUCUGACGUUGAGAACGGAGGUCGGUCAACCGAUACCGCUAGCUACACUGUUUCUGUGCAUCGUAGUGAAGGACUACGUACCGGACGGGCUGUCCGAUUUCGCCGAAGCACUUGCUAAUCCGAUCAAGUACCAGAGCGAGCAAGAGAAGCGCUCCAAGCAGCUCGCCGUACUGCAGGAAGACAUGGAACCAUCGGAGGAGGACUCAUUUGUCGUUGUAUCCUUAGGUCCGAAUAAAAAGGGCGAUACGCUGAAAUCGAGUGAGAACAAUACCAACAGCAGUCCAGCUAGGCAACGGUCCGUCGCAGGAAAUCAAUGUUCGCAAGGGACAGGCGGUACGGGAGGUACGGCGGAAAGUGAUGCCGAGCGGGAAGCACCACUGGAAGCAAUCACCAAGAUGGUUGCACUACCAGUCGCACAAUCAUCAUCCGUAGACCAUCCAAACGUUCCAGCGUCAAAGCAAUCGACAGUGAGAGAACCGACAACUGCCGGUGGUCCCAUCAUUACUACGACUACCAACACUUCGAGUAUGGGUGCUAGUGAGGCGGCUAAUCAUCCUGAUGGUGGCAAAAUAAUAGCCGAUCCGUUGGAGAAAAUCUUCGAAGAUAAGCAGAUCCGCAAGAAGCGUGAAGCACUCGAAAAGGAACUCAAAGCGCUCAAGAAGAGUCACGACAAGGAAAAGCUUAAGAUCCACGCAGCACAGAAGAGUACCGAUCUUGGUGGUGAUGCACCGGUGAAGAAGUCAAAGUUUGGCAUGGGAAAUAAGCUGGUGAAACGGUUCAGCAGCAAAAACAUGGCGGACAUGAACGUGAAGGUACCACCGUGUGCUUCUGCCUCGGAUGCGGAUGUGACUGGCGAUGCGCAAACGGAACGAUUGAGACAGAUCUGUCGCGAUCAUGCUGGAAGCUAUCGGGAGGUGUUAGAGAAGUAUCACGAGAUUAUUUAUACGCUAGCGGAGGAUUUAUUGCGCCAGUCACAGGACGCUCAGAUGAAGCAGUUAAAGACACAACUGGAACGGGAAACAAGUGAGGUGAUGCGACAACUGCAAUUAUCGCGCAAGAGUGAGGUUAAGCAGCUGGCUAUGGUGCACAAAGAUAAGGACGAGUUAGAAAGAAUGAAACGCGAAGUGGACUCAACACUAGUGGAAAAAGGCGUCACCGAGCGUGUUAGGCUAACGGCCACCUACGAACGUAAGCGUGACGAGCUUCAGCGACAGCACGAUGCCGUCAAGCAAGGAUUAGAAGAACACAAGCUAAAGGCUCGUUCAAUGCUGGAAAAGGAAGCGGAAUCGCAUGCCUUCAUUUCGGACACAUUCCUGGCGCAUCUGAACACUAGCAACAGCACAACGAGCUGUUCGUCGGUCGGCGCUACCACCAACCAUCCUCCGGCGACGUCCGUUUCGAGUGGAAACAUUUGCGGUGCGGCAACUGGUACCACCCACGAGAAUAACGUUAACAAUGCUCACGCAUAACCCGACACCGGAAAGGGUCGCAGGAGCUAAAAACAGAACUGAGCUUAUCGC